GUACAACCACAGUGCGAAACGGCCAGUACCCCCUUCGAUUGCUCAUAGUUUACACCAGUAACACGAAGGUAAUUAUGGCGCACCCAGCGCCCGGAAUCGUAGCAUGGACAACUUCUAUUCGCACGUCCAUGGCGAAGGAUCCAUGUCGGCAAUUAUUCGAGGACCAAGUCCAAACACACGGCUUCAUCUUCUUAGACGAUUACCUCGAAAACAUCUUGGCUGGUCCAAAACAAGAAGCCAUUAUCGACCUCGUCAAGACACCUGCUCGAAAGAAGACCGCGCCCAAGCGAACCAGAGCAGCCACUUCGGCAGCUGCGAAGGCGCAAAACUCAACUCUUCUGUCUCUUGAGGAGGAGGACAUCAGCAAGGAGAACCAGCCACCUGUCAAUAACUUUCAUAAAGCCCUUCUUCACGCCAAGCAGAACGCGGAGUCCACGCGUUCUCAUACAAACAGCGACUGUACUGAGCAAGUCCUUCCGCAGGCUAAGCCCGCGGGCGCGAUUGUUGGCGAGCAUGUCAGUCAUGAUCCGGAUCUAGUAGAGGAUGAUCUAGUCCCAGAGGUAGAGGACACGAUAGUAUCACCACUCGACCCCUUGCAUUCUGUUCCCCUUGACUCCCAGAAACAUACCCGCGCUCGAGAGGCACGCACUGGCAAUCACACUCAACCACUUCCUCAGAUACCAGUAGCCAGCUCUCCGAUCACGCAUGCCAGGGAUGCAUUGACGGCUCCGCUGCCUAUUCUACCUGAAUCCAAUUCCGCUCCUGCGUUACCUACUAUGGCAGUACCACUUAAUGUCUCGCCGUCUCGGAUUCUUGCGCACAAGAGCAGCGCACUGCAAUUUCCAACACUUCGGGCUCCAUCUCCGCUACGUAAGUCAAUGCGUGUCGUAGUAGAACCAUCUACGGGUGCUGGGAUUCUUGCUUCAGCUGCUCCAGUACCAGCGCAACCUUCCGCACUGGGAAAACGUACAUCAUGGCUAAUGAAGGCCAGAGAGGUGAAAGCCUUGGAGGGUAUCGUUCAUAACAAGACAAGCAUUUUUGGCCCUGACAAGACCGACGAGGGGCGUAGGGCGAAGGUGGCCAAGGCUUCCAAGUCUGAUUCUGCUCCGCAAAAUUCAGAGGACCUACCUCUGAACCAGGGGACAGCUAUGCCGACUCAGACUCCUUCAUCCAUCCUGGUGUCGACUAGAGCUGUGCAUCUCCCUGAGGAGCACUGGGAACCACUGAACGACAAGGAGGAAGAGGCUAGUUUCAUUGGGGUGUUUAAACGUACAGUUGAAGGUCUUGGUGCCCGCGCGGGUAAAAGCAUGGGGAAGUCCCUUGGUGGUGGUGCAGCAGCCGCUGCACUUGCUGAAGCUCGUGCUGCCGCAGAAGCAAGAGUAGCGGAGAGGAACAAGAUCAAUGAAGAACAGGUCACGGAGUCAGAGGACUCUUCCGCACCAGACGCUGAAGAACCCCAACCAGCAACUGAAUAUGUUCACUCAAGAGAAUCAGAACGCAGACUCAGUAUCUCUGACAUGGUCUCUACUAAUGAAGGUUCGGUAGCCCUUCAGUCUUCGUCUGCAGCGGAUGAGAGCAUCUCAACAACCCCGCCCAACUCCCCACCUCCUACUCGUACUUCUGGCUCCAGCUUCGCUCCUCCUCCUGGUCCAGUAUUUAACAGGCAACCUCCUCCUGUGUUCAUGCCUCCCACCUCGAAGCAGAUUGCACCACUCGCCAAAGAAUUCUCUUUCAAUUUGCCAACGGCAACCUUUACGCUUCCUCCGCCAAUAUCUCUGGGUCUACCAGCACGACCUACAUUUUCUCCUUCUUCCUCGCGUCCUCCUCCACUGGCAUGCGGUACACAACAAUCUUCACAAGCAAGCACAUUGUCGGAUGCUGUCUUUGAUCAAGUGGAGGACAUUCCAGCCUGGAUGCCUUCUACACAAGAUACCGAAUGCAUAGACGGUUCAGAGUCCCAGAUUCAUCGGGAAACAUUCGCUACACUUGAAGAUGACGAUGAUGAUAGUUGGCCCCUUGAGGAGAAGUUGGCCGCAAGCGAACAGGGAUGGACUCCUUUCAACUUCAAUAACAAGGAGGAUAGCAUGACAUGGAGUACACUUCCUACUGAAUCUCAGGGACUCACCAGAACCAGAAGUGACCUGACCGGUAAUUCAGCGAAGAAUGCGGUGCAGCAAAAUGAGGGGCCCGUAAUCCCCAGUCCCUCCGCCAUGGAUAUAGAUGGCGAUGUCGCUCAGAUUCAGGACAAUGAAUCCAAUGUCUCCGAACCAGAAGCCGGCCACGAGUCAGUUAUGUAUACGAGCGAUCUGGGUGAUGUCCUCAAGGCUGGCCAGCCUACUGUUACUCUUAUUGAGUCUGGUGGCAUUCCGCGGAGCGAGAGCCAAUUAUCCAUGGCUUCGACGUCUUCGUCUUCGCAGCAGUCACAGGUUGGAUUCUUCAGUCAAGCCACAAAACUCGUCAAUAGCAUGCUUGGCACAGGCAAAAAGGCCAAGCCAGAGGUCAAGAGCCUUCAGCUUGCAGCUGCCGCAGCGAAGAAGCAAGAAGAAGAAGCCAACAAAAAGGCCACCCGUCUCAAGGAGAUGGAGGCGAGGCGCCAGGCAGCGCUUGCUCGCAAGGCAGAUGAAGAGAAGUCACGCGCUGUUGAGGAAGAGAAGAAGAUCAAGGAGGAAUCUGAGAAGCGCAAACGUGAGCGCGACGAGACCACGGAAAAGCGACCUCUCAAGACCCCUGCUGUGCUUAAGAAGACGGAGGAAGACGUGACGAAGAAGCGGAAGAUUACUAUCGACGAUAAGAAACCCGAUGUUAAAAAGCCGCCUUCAAAAGACAAGAAGGAUACUCUUCUUUUGUCCAAGUUGGCGAAAUCCAGUUUGGUUACCCCUGCAGCGAAAGUUGCUUCUGCUUCCAAGAACACCAAGGUCCCCGCGUCGUCUGCGCUUGUGUCUUCUGCGACCUACAAUGCUUCACAGAAUGCCGCUGGGUCAUCUGCGGUUAAAACCGCAGCUACCGAAGUGAAAUCAACCAAAGUUGGUCCUCCCAAGGGAAAAGCUAAGGCUGUACCGCAGGAGAACGAGGAUAAGCUUCCCUCCGCCAUGGUGCAGAAUCAGAUGGCAGCGCGUGCAAUGGCCCAGAUACGGGCAGCUAAGCAGCAGUUACCUGAAGUUCCCAGCGAGAGUAUUGAACUUCCUGACAUCAACAGCGAAUACUCUGACUCGGAAGAUGAAGACCGGCCACGGACCUUUGAUCCUCCUGAUUGGGCUCAGUCACCGGAGCUCCGACAGGCGUUGCAAAUGCAGAGCACAGUUGAUCCGGAUGACAUAUUCGGAGCGAUCCGGCCGCUGCGAAUGGAGGAGUUGUUCAGGACGAGGCAGAGCCGGUUUAGAGCACGGACGAGUUCAGCAAAUUGGUCAGGUUCGGACAGGCUGACGGUUGAAGAGGAACGGGAAUAUGCCCGUCGCAUGGGAUUUACUAAACAUGCGUCCUGACCUGGAUCAAUGCCUGUCUCUUGUUUUUAACAUGCAUGUGUAUCACAUCCUUGGUUUCGCGCAGCAUAUUUAUUUAUUUCCUUGCUGCAGCAACAAAACAAA